UUUUGGAAAAAUGAUGACCAUUCAAAAUAUCUCGAGUCGAUGCCUCCAGCGGAAGAUGUUCUCUAUCAAUUGGCAAUUGGACUCUACUACAUUCAAGAAACGGGAUUGAUCCAUCGGGAUAUUAAACCUCAAAACGUCCUCAUCUGGAUAAAUCCAACAACCAAUGAAGUCCUGAUGAAAUGGGGAGGAUUACGACUUAGUAAAGCUAGCAAAAUAAAAAAUAAUAAUUCAACUCUUGGCUGGUUAGCACCAGAAUUACUAAAUUUACUGGACAACGGAGAUAGCGAUAUAAUUACAACCGUCAAGAGCAACGUCUUUGCCUUAGGACUUGUGUUUGGAUAUUACCUGUUGAGCGGCCAACAUCUUUUCGGAUCUCCCACUCAAAUAGUCUAUAACAUAAGGGAAAACAAACCAGUCAACCUACAAAAAAUCCAGGACCUGGCAAUACAAGACCUAAUCAAGAAAAUAUUGGAGCCCAAUCCCGAAAAACGAAUGACAUCGUCGGAUGUCGCUAAAGAAUUAGAACACAUCAGGGCGAAGGACAGGCCAUACCAACGCGUCACCUCAGUGGCAGAUGAUAAUACUUCAAAUUUGAAACAAAUCAAAGUUGAUUUCAAAAAUGAAUUGGGAAGAGGAGGUUAUGGCAAAGUUUUCCAAGGCGAGUGGAAUAACAUUCAAGUGGCGGUCAAACGAAUUCCUUUAUCCAAAGUCGAAAGUAACAAACGAGAGGAAAAAGCGUUGCAAAUGCUCAAUCAUCCGAACGUUAUCAAACUUUUCCACACAGAAAGCGACUCGGAGAAUAGAUAUUACGCCAUAGAAUUGUGCGUAGCUUCCCUGGACAAACUAUUUUUAAGUGAGACGGAUCCAAAAAAGUAUCGAGGACCAAUGCCCUCACGAAAAGACGUUCUUCUUCAGUUAGCUACUGGAUUAGAAUAUAUACACAAAGAGAAAGUAAUCCAUUUGGAUAUUACUCCGAAAAACAUCGUCAUCUGGGUGAAUCCGGAACACGAAAAUGUUUUGUUGAAAUGGACCGAUUUUGGGCUGAGUAAACAACUAAAAGAAACUGGAAGCUACACGUUGACUAAAAUUAGAGGGACAGAAGGAUGGCUUGCACCGGAAAUACUGAAAAUACUCGACAACCAGCAACAGACUAGUCGAACUGAAGCAAAACAAAGAGGCACAGUUAAAAGCGACGUCUUUAACGAAGGGCUCGUCUUUGGCUACUAUCUUUUAAAUGGACGUCAUCUGUUCGGUGCCCUUGCUGAGCCAAACAUAUACUAUAACAAACCGGUCAACCUAGACAAAAUACAAUGGGAAAGCGCUCGUGACCUGAUCAAGAAAAUGAUCCAUCCCGACCCAGGGAUAAGAAUUUCUUCAUCCGAUGUCGCAAAAGAAGUCAGUCAGAUAAAAUCCGACUUGGGUUAACUUGCCCAACAUAAAUGCGAAGAUUUAAAUGCUUCAUCUAUUAUCUAGAUUAUCAUCAACUACGGCCUAGUGGAACACCUUUUUAGUAAAUUCAAAAAUUUUAUUGCACAUCCUAGUGUAAUAUCCAGAAACCAGUGACUUUAAUUAAAAACUUGAGUUGGCAUUGGGUCGUUGUCACGAAAAUAAAGGCAAAAGAGCUAAGCUUUGACUAAAUUUGAAUAUCCCACCAUUUUACAGUCGAGUAACCAAUGAAAUAAAAUAGAAACUGACCUUUAGAAUUCGGUCCUUUUCACGAAUAUUCGUCGACAAGAAAAACAAGUUGGGAAUCGCGAAUUUAACGAGAAAAAUGCAUAGAGAAGGGCGUCCCUAUAUGACUAUAGACCUACUAACCAUUUUUUAAGUAUUUGUAAUGCUUGUGAUGUUGGGAACAACAUGCGCUCGCUGAUUCCGACUCGAAACAUUGUGGAAAUCUACCGAUAAAAAGGUGCCGAUAAAAAAUAUCCAAUUGAUUGAAUUCAAUUCAAAAGGAAGGGAUAUGUUAAUGACACGGUCAUUAACCAAUCAUUGCCAAUGACACGAGAAAGCGAAAUCAAAUUGAGAAACCCAAAUAAGUAUUUCCAUAUUAUCAUCAUCAUGAGCGCCCUGUUCGGUAAAAUAACCCCAAUGA